AGUGAAUCCGCGCAGAAUACACGAACCCGUCAACACGCGUCGUCCUCCGCGGCCGCGACCGCCACCGCCGCCCCCGCGCAGUUUCGAACCUCCCUAAAACCCCCCCAAACCGCCUGCUGCCAUUUCUUCUUCUUCCUCCUCCUCCUCUAAUGGCGAUUUUUAAAACCCUAAGGUCCCUCUUCCAAAACCCUAACCCUCGAUCUCUCCUCUCAUUCCACUCCUCCUCUCCUCCAUUCCCCCUUUCGUCCUCCUCCUCCUCCGCCGCCGCCUCUGCCGCCGUAGCCGCCGUCCCCCACUUCUCCGGGCCCCUCUUCCUCUCCUCGCCCCCGUGGAAGCUCUCACAAUCGGCCACCCCGCUCUACCUGCGCGGGAGAGAGGCGAUUUUCCCCAAGGAUUUGCUUAACGGGAGGCGGUUCCCCAUUAUCGGAGAGGUCGGAAGAGGCGUCGUUGGGGGCGUUAUCGGGUGGCGGAAGGAGCGGAGCGUGGGUGGAGAGGUUGGGGAAAUUAGGGUUGAUGAGAAGUUUCUGAAUUUGCCGAAUUUGGUAUCGAUCAGUCGGUUGGUUUCGGGACCGGUGAUUGGUUGGAUGAUUAUCAAUGAAUGGUAUCUUCCUGCUUUUGGUGCUCUAGUUAUUUCUGGAGCAACUGAUUGGUUGGAUGGCUUUCUUGCCAGGAGGAUGGGAAUCAAUUCCGUGUUUGGCUCAUAUCUUGAUCCACUGGCUGACAAGGUUUUAAUUGGUUGUGUUGCUCUGGCUAUGGUUAAAAAGGACCUCUUACACCCUGAACUAGUUGGACUGGUGAUCUUAAGAGAUGUUGCCCUUGUCAGUGGUGCAGUCUACAGAAGAGCUUCUAUCUUGGGGUGGCAGUGGAACAGUUGGUCGGAUUUUGUCAACCUUGAUGCAAAUCAUCGAGAGAAAGUGGAGCCUCUCUUUAUAAGCAAGUUGAAUACAGGAUUCCAACUGGUUUUAGUUGCAGCUGCUCUUCUUCAACCAGAAUUAGGCACUGCAGAAACCCAAUUGUAUAUAACAAAUUUAAGCUGGUUGGUGGCCUCAACUACGGUAACAUCAUGGGCAGCUUAUGGAGCGCAAUACUUUUGCAGGAGACCUGCUGUUGCUUCGGGGAAAUGGUGAUCAAGGUGAACUAAUUUAUGCCCCAUAAUCCCACUGCACAACCUGAUUGGUUAGAUGCCACAAGAAUAUUGCAUUUGCCGCAAAAAUUGUCGUUAUCCGGUCCAUGCGCGUCUAAGCUUCUUGCUUUUGAGGAUUUCCCAUAGCUUAUACUGGUUUAAGAUGAGGCUUCUACGUGGAAAAAGGCUCUAUGAAUUGGAGAUCCCCCUCUUGGGUUAGGCUGAGAGUUAAAUUUCGCAGCAGAUGAGGGAGAAAAAUCUUUAAACAACACUCUCAGAGUAUAUUUUUUAAUCUUUAUGAAGUUCCUCCUUUUUUUCGUUAAAUAUAGGAGGGAGAUGAAAUAGGGCUAAAAUCCUCUUGUGAAUAUUUUGUGAUUUUCGCUUGGCCACCAUGAAUUAUUUGAGAUCGGUAUAUCAACCCUGUUAACAAAUACUUCUUUUGGUUACAUGUAUAUUUACUUUAUCUUGCCUACUCCCUUUGAUUGAUCAA